GUAAAUCAUUAAGAGCGGCGCAGGGCUUAAUGCAAUAAAUUUAUUUGAAUUGUGCAUUUGUGAAAAUGAUGUGUAUUACUCUUUUUAGACUACAACAAUUGAUGUCAUUAACAUGGGAGCAACAAACAUCAUAGAUUAUCUUUGAUUUCCGUAAGCCAAUCAGCGAAAAUCGAACAAUCCGUAAGCAAUUAUAUAAACCAAUGAAUAUUGUCAAACGAUGAAUAAGUUAUGCCAUAUGUAUGCAUAUGUUUGUAUAUUUCUUUCCAUGCAUAUGUAUGUAUGUGGAUAUGUAAUCGGUAUCUGAAAUCGGAGUCAGAGUGCAUUUGUCGACAGUGAUUCUAAUGGAUAAAGAACUGAAUAAAGCAUUGUAUAUAUGUAUCAGUGUAUGUAUUUUGUGUAGAUGGAAAUGAAUUUGUAGAAAACUGUGAACUGCGCGACGGAACAGCAAGAAGAGCAAGAUCAAGUCGAGUAUAAUUAUUGAAGACACAUUGACCAUAUAUUGGUUUGUCAAAAAUAUUGUAAUUCCUUCAGCCAAAACGUAAUGCAUUCAGUUCAAAAGGCCACCGAGCAGCAGCAGGAGUACAUCGGGUCAUCAUAUCGGAGAAGAUUGCGCCUACGUCGGGACUUUCAUAGUGCAUGUAAAGUUGUUGCAACUGCUAAAACUCCUCUACUAACUGCAGAGCAAUCUUAUGAUGGCAUUAUCAUAAUCCUACAGGAUCUAGUACUAUUGCAGAAGGUGUACGUGAAACAAUUUUAUUUCGAGAAAAGCGUUGGCAGCGGAGGACAAGGACAAGUACGACUUCAAAUACAUUUUGCGUGGUGGCUUAUACUAUUGGUUGACGCGAGCUCAAGCUUCGGAUGAUUAAGCAUCAUUUGGGGUAGCAUAUACAGUCCUACACCCAAUCCUAAAGUCAAAGAAGUUUUUAGCAGUCGACUUCGUCGGAAAGGGUUACACACACUUGCCUUACGGCAGAGGCGUAAGCGAAAACGCUAUAAAGUCAAACAAAGGUGUUCCUAAGAAAAUAAUGCCUUUAUACAUACCUGUUAAACGUAACAUUACUAUUUCUAAGUCGUUUAAAUGCGGCAAUUGUUAUUCGUAUUGGUGUAUUCGCAUUGCAGACUUCGGACAAGUGCAAGAGAUGUACAGCUGAUAUUGCGUUGUUAAUGGAUUGUGACUUCGAUAUCGAUUUUGAUAUCUGUAAGAAUAUACACCACAGACAAUCGAAACAAAUACCAAAUAUCUUUAUAUAUUAAUAGGAACAAUAUCUAACUUCCUAAUAUAUAUUAUUUAUGCAAACUGACUCUACCAACGCUCAGUCCAAUCAGUAAAAACUAAAAUUUGCGAUUCAUACGAUUGCAUUGUGUAAAAGACGUUAUUUCCCGUACCGCAAAAUUGCAAAAUAUUUUGCGUCCUGCACACGCGUUCAAGGAAUUUCAAGAAAGUAAGUCAAACUAUCCCGAUUCGCAUCAUGCCUGCUGCAAGUAGCGCAGCCGCCGCCGUUAUAAUUGAACGUGUAGAUGGUUCAUGUGUGCAUGCAGAUCGUAACACAAGUCUUUACCCGGAGCUCUUGCCAAUGAAGCCAAUUUUCGAUAGCACCGACGUACAAACUACAACGAAUGUAAAAAACGAAGUCUGCGCUUCAUAUUCCUUGCAAUGCCACAAAGAAUAAUCUUAUAAAACUCAACUGGUGGAAUUCAACCGUAGCACAACCGAAUUCAGCAACUUCGUCGACCAUAAUAUCAAAAGGUCCCUGUAUAGCAACUAAUCUUCCACCUACAAAGGAUAAUAACAAUACUACUACAGAACAAAGCAGUUUUAAUACACCUACACCCGAGCACCUGCAUCAUCGUCGUGGUUCAAAUGCAAGGGAUCAGAUGUGGAAGCCACCUAUUACGUCAGCUGAUGUUAGUAUGUCGCUUGAUCUCGAUGAAACUUUCGAUCUUCAAGAAUCACAAUUACUUGUGAAGGAACCGAAACCAUACAUGGCAGUCCUUAACCAGGAUCAACAAGAUCAAAUGAAAAUCACUGGCUAUCGUCGAUCACAUUUGCGGUUGAUUUUAUGUUGGAUAUGCAUUUGCCUAACUGGUGGAUUAUUGCGUCUAGUAUUACAUUGGUGGCGGCAUUGGUAUUUGAUAGCCACAUGUCAACCAUGUCCUUUGGAAGAGGCCCAGCAAGUCCUGGUUGAAGAAGAUUAUCAAGGAAAGCACAAGCUUUACCACGUAAAGCCUGUCCAAAUUAUAACUAUUCAACAUUUAAAAAAUUUAUUUUACGAAAAAGUUCCUGAUGAAACCAUCGAUGAUAACAAGCUUCAACUCUCCGUUCAUUUCUCAUCAGCACAUUUCAAAAGCUGUCGAACGUUGAGAACGUUUCGUUGUAAACAAUUGGUUUAUGCAUGGGACAGUGGCAUUAGCAACUUUAAUAAAAUUAACGGACUAGAUGUGAACGUGCCUUGCUCUUACUUCCAUCAGCAACGUGGAUUAGCACUCCAUGAGCAACUAUCUCGUGGCAUUGUGUUUGGUGUCAAUGAGAUAACAGUACCCUUAAAAGACGUGAAAACACUAUUGUUUUUGGAGGUUCUGAACCCGUUUUAUGUAUUUCAAAUAUUUUCUGUGAUCCUAUGGUUCACCUAUGAUUAUUAUUAUUAUGCUUGUGUCAUCAUGCUGAUGUCGAUAUUUGGCAUUACCAUGUCAAUCAUUCAAACAAAGAAGAAUCAAAAUGUAUUACAUAAGACUGUGUUGAAUACAGGUCAUGCAUUAGUUGUAAAUGCCAAAGGAGUGUCCAGAGAAGUGUUAACAUCAUCUCUGGUACCCGGUGACAUUAUUGAAAUACCAACAUCAGGUUGUACAUUGCAAUGUGAUGCUGUCCUACUGUCUGGUAACUGCAUCAUGGACGAAUCAAUGCUGACGGGAGAGAGUGUGCCGGUGACUAAAACACCUCUGCCAAUGAAGCGUGAUGUCAUCUUUGACAAAGAACAUGUGAGGCACACUUUGUUUUGCGGUACUAAGGUCAUUCAGACACGUUAUAUUGGCUCGAAAAUAUUGGCUUUUGUCAUAAAUACGGGUAAUGUAACUGCGAAAGGAGGCCUAAUACGAUCGAUAUUAUAUCCACCGCCCGUUGAUUACAAGUUCGAGCAAGACUCAUACAAAUUUAUUCAGUGUUUAGCUCUGAUCGCUUUCGUUGGCUUUAUAUACACGCUGGUUACAAAAAUAUUACGUGGUACCGAUGCGACAAAACUAAUUGUGGAAUCAUUGGAUUUAAUAACGAUUGUUGCCCCAGCAUUGCCAGCUGCAAUGACUGUUGGACGAUUUUAUGCGCAAAAACGAUUAAAACAUAAUAACAUUUAUUGUAUAUCGCCUCGUUCUAUAAAUGUCGCUGGUAGUAUUGAUUGUUGCUGCUUUGAUAAGACUGGAACUUUGACGGAGGAUGGCAUGGAUAUGUGGGGUGUUGUUCCAAAAUCAUCGACAAAUCAAUUUCAAAUACCUUUAAAGGAUAUCAGUCGAUUGCCCUACGAUCAUUUAUUUGGCAUGGUGACGUGCCACUCGAUUACUGUUAUGAAUGGUACUAUGAUGGGUGAUCCUUUAGAUCUGAAGAUGUUUGAGUCAACCGGCUGGAUUCUAGAAGAUUUUAAUAAUAUACCAGAAAAUGAAAAAUAUGGCCUCAUUUAUCCCACAAUACUACGCCAGCCGAAUCGUGCCAAUUUAGGGACUGAAUCAAAAGCAGCGCCUGCACCAGUUAUUCGACAAUCAUCAGUAGACGAUCUACUAGCUAAUGUUGGCCUAUCCCAGUCGGAGAUGCAUUUUGAUCAUGGGAUUGUUCGUGAGUUUCCAUUCGCAUCGAAUUUGCAACGAAUGGCUGUAAUCACGCGUUGUUUAAGCGCUCGAGGAUUCAAUGUAUACUGCAAGGGAUCACCUGAGAUGAUACAACAAUUAUGCCUGCCCCACACUUUGCCCGAUGAUUAUACACAACAGCUCUCGAUGUUUGCCAAGCAAGGAUUCCGCAUUAUCGCUUUGGGUUUUAAAGCACUAACCAAAAUAAACUACACAAAAGUGCAGCGGCUGUCGCGCGAUGAUGUUGAACAUAAUUUAGAGUUUCUUGGUUUUGUGAUAAUGGAAAAUCGGUUGAAGGCCGACACCACGGCUGUAAUUAAUUCACUAAAUUUGGCAAACAUUCGCACGAUCAUGAUCACUGGUGAUAAUAUACUGACAGCGAUGAGCGUAGCUCGAGAUUGUGGUAUUGUGAGUUCAUCACAAGCAGUGGUUACGGUGCAUGCGGUGCCAUCGUCGUCACCUUCGGACAAGAUUGAUUCUAAUCAUCAACAUCAACAUACUCAAUAUCAACUACAGUAUACUCUCGAGCUUGGCAGUGAAACAAUAUCCAUGGCCGCACCCACUCUAAACGGUAAUAAAACAUGCUUGGGAGCUGGAGCUGCAUUUGUUCAGCAUAUUGGGCUAUCGCAGUCAAACAACUCUUUGAUGAACAGCUGCGAUUCAAGUUGUACAACGAGCGUACUACCUAACAGCAACAGCUUAACUAGUAAAACUGUUGAUACAUGGACUCACAAUGAUGACAAUGUGGAUGUAGAAAUUGGUGUGACAAGCAGUCAAUCAAUUAACCAGCAACAUGACUGUUGGCGACAAAAUUACACAUUUGCAAUGGAUGGUAAUACCUGGCAAAUCGUGCAUGAUCGUUUUCCCAGUCAAAUGGCGAACAUUUUAACGCGUGGCGCAAUUUAUGCACGCAUGUCCCAACAAAAGCAAGCUCUCAUUGUGGAAUUGCAAAAUUUGGACUAUUACGUCGCCAUGUGCGGAGAUGGUGCCAACGAUUGUGGUGCACUUAAGGUCGCACACACUGGUAUAUCGCUUAGCGAAACGGAAUCUUCAAUCGCUUCACCGUUCACAUCACGAAAGCCAACCAUUGCUGCUGUACCGAUGGUAAUUAAGGAAGGGCGUGCCGCGUUAGUGACAUCAUUUGGCAUAUUUAAGUAUAUGGCUGCCUAUUCGCUGGUUCAAUUUAUAUCGGUCAUGAUAUUGUACUCCAUCAACUCGAACCUCACGGAUAAACAGUAUUUAUACAUCGACCUAGGACUCAUCUCGGUAUUUGCAUUCUUCUUUGGCAAAACCGAGGCUUACGCUGGCCAACUAGUUAGUCAGGUGCCUCUCAGUUCAUUGAUAUCAGCGACGCCUUUGGCCUCGCUCCUCUUGCAUCUGGCUGCUGUGAUUGUCUUCCAGGUAGCGGGUUGGUUGCAGCUACACCAGCAGACCUGGUUUCGACCAUUCGAGCAAACAGCAGAUAAUGAACAUUUAGGCUGCUAUGAAAACUAUACGAUGUUUGCCAUAUCCAGUUUCCAGUAUGUUAUACUUGCUUUUGUCUUCUCAAAGGGUGCUCCAUAUCGUAAACCCAUCUGGUCCAAUUGGCCCUUAUGCCUGACCAUGGCGAUCAACUUGGCCAUCAUCAUAUAUCUAGUUGUGUACCCCAGUGAAUGGAUAUCGCAAUUUUUCCAACUAGUCGUUCCGCCCGAGCUAUCAUUUCGCCUAGUUAUGCUGUCGUAUGGCGUGGCUGCAUUUAUUACCCACGUUCUAAUUGAAACAUUUAUAAUCGAAUAUUGGCUAUUUCAACAUUGUCAAGUGCAACGAGACAAAAACCCUUGCACAUCCACUCGUAAAUAUAUGCAAUUGCAAUACGACAUGCAAUCAUUUGAUAAAUGGCCACCCAUAACGGAUGCCUUUGGUGUACAUGAUUCAACUUCAAGUGGUCCACCAACAACAGAAAUGCAGCAACCAACAUAUGUAAAUUUAAGUGCUGAACAGCAUCCAGAUGCCGUACAAUAUGGCAUCUUUCCCGGGUUUUUGAAAACGUAACCACUCAAAAUGCAGUCAAUGAUUAGCAUUUCCAUUGCGUUGCAUUAAUAUAUAGAAUCUUUCUCUUAUCUUUCUCCGUGGCAAGCUGAGACGCAGAGAAAAUUUGAUAUAUGAUUUAUAUAGAUAAAUCUUUGUAAUUGUAAUAUAUUUUUAAUUUAAUAUGUAAUGAUAUUUAAAUAAUAGUAUUUAAUAUGUCUGUUAUUCAUAAUACUAUAAGUGAGAAUUGUAAAUACUAAAAAGUGUAUUUCUCUGGUUAGGAGGACGUGUAUAAGUAGGCACAACAACCAAAUCCAUUUUGAUUAACUUUAGUACUUGUAAGCUGAAAAAAUAAAAU